CGAAAACAUUAAUCUAUGAAAACAACUUUUUCGGCUUAGCGGUCGACUUCACUGAGUCUGCCAUUGUUCCAAACAACAAUGGGAUGGCAUACUUUGUAUCAGAAGACUUCGUUUCAAUUAUACCGGGUAUCGAGGCUGAUAUAGAUGUCGAUCAUGUAUCUGAGACGUUUAAAUCGUGGCCAACAGCUGAGAAACUUCCGGGUACGUAUAAGUAUUCUUGGGGGAUAUCAUCCACAGAUGCUGGGCUUGGAUGGAUUCCUCACGAUAGAUGCGAAGAAUUUGGAUUUGAAUUGGUGACAUCAUCUGCCCUUAGCAGGCCCCGUGGUGACAACAAUCAUUGUCGCCUUUGUCAUCGCUCCACGGCUUCGGCGGGCGACACCCUGUGUUCUGCCCUCGACCGGACAAUGAAUUCUUGA